UCGGCGGGUUUGCCGUGUAUUUUGUUUUCCAAGGGCGCCAAAUCUGACAAAUGUCUCAGAGUUCCUCUUCGUUUUAAAAGAGUGUUAUGAAUAUUCCAGAAUCAACAACUCAGAACUACCGAGCUGAUGUUUUUCAAUUUUGUGCUCAUUUGGCUCGGUAGCAGGUAGCCUGUUAUUGAAGAGGAAAACCGGGGAAAAACAGGAUGGACCUAGAAGGCGUGCCGCUGCACUCCCUGUGCAUGCUGGCGCCGCCCCUGCGCGUGAUGUCGGCCGCCAUGUGGAGGGUGAUGGUGCGGCGGGACGUGGCUCAGUACGGCCGAGUGGCGGACUUCAUCACGUCCCUCUGGGAGGACAUGCCCGGCCUGCUAGCCUUCAGACACUACGCCAAGCUCGCGCUAGGCCUCAGGUCUCGGCUCAUGUUGGAGUUAUGCCGUGGUCCUGAGGCCCCGGACUCCAAAGUCAUCCUUGCGCACCUUGACAGGGUUCUGACACUGAUGAAAGAGGCCACUAAGAAACCAAGGAGGGACGUAAAGGUGGAAAUGGCUAUCAGGAAUUUCGAGAACCUGGCCCUGUUCCUGUUGGAUAACCCAGCCGAGAGGGAGCUGUUUUUUCAGGAAGAUUUUCCGGAGCAGUAUGGUCCUCAGUUUGACAAGGCCCUGGAGAAAACCAUGUGGGAGUUCUUGACUCGCCUGGAUCAGCUGUUGCCCGUUCCAGAUUUGGCACAAACGGUGGAGUGGUUAGCGGACACCCCUGUUUUCCUGGAUGACUGUGCCAAACCUCAGCUCCUGAAAAGCUUGCUGCAGCACGAGAAAAGUCUCGGCCACACAGAUUCACCUGCAGCAUGUCUGCUGUCCACCACCGGCGAUGCCGUCCUCUCCUCCCUGUCUCUCCCGCCCUCCGGCCGACCACUGCCUGAGACUCGUCAGCCAGGCUCUGGCCAAACCUCCUCUUCCUCCUCCUCAGGGAGGGGCACCGGGGCUACUAGUGGUGUUCGACAGUCUCCGGCAAGACCAAGGCCGAGGAGUUGGAGACAAACGGGUGGACCACCCAUCGCUCCAGUCAUCGGGUCCAUCUCCAUGCAGGAUAUUGAGUCAGCGGUCAGUGGUGCCCAGGUGGUGGUGGUGGAGGAGGAGAAGGAAAGGAAGAGAGAGAGUGGAAGAAAGCUGCAUUCUGGGUCGCCCGUCAUGCCAGUGACGUGCACCAUCUCUCCGCGGGACAUCCAGUCAGCUGGUGCCCGGGAGGAGGACGAGAGGGAGGAGAGGGAGGGUGGAAGAAGAACUGCUCCAACUGGGGUCACUUUACAAAGUGAUGAGGAGGAGGAAAUUGGUGGUGCCAAAGCAGGGUGCCAAACGUUCACCCAGAUCAAACCAAAAUCUCACUCGGCGAAGGGUGCUUCAAUGGCUUCUGGUGUGGAAGAGACCAGACCUUCACCAUCACCCCCACCACCACCACCCGUCCAAACAGAGGACCAGCUAGCCGUAGUCACGGGCACAGAGGCUAAACAACACAGGAAGAGAGGAAGGCCAAAGAAGGCGGCCUCACUUCAAGGGGUGGAAGACGCUGUGAGAGAGGAGGCUAAACCACUCAAGAGGAGAGGAAGGCCAAGGAAGUCAGAUGCACUACAAGGACAUGAAUUGAGGAAUAAGAGUGAUGAGAGAAAAAAAGAGGUGGUGGGGAGAAGAAAGAGCCAGAGACAGGCUGGAGGGACGCCACCGCAGAGUGUGGACGAUUUCACCGGUGUGAAGCUGAGGGAGAAUCCAGAACGGGCUGCUCUAUUGCGCUCCUGUCAAAAACGGCAGCUGGAAGUGGUCCUCCCUCAACUGUACUCAACCGAGGUCACAAAGUCAAGAAAGGAUGGCGACGGUGACUCGUCUGUGGAAAGGGACGGAUAUGCUUCUCCGCACAGGGGCGUGGUGGACACGCACGCCUCUCUGAAUGGCAAAGACAUGGACACAAGCGUGUCUCUGGAAAGGGAUAACGUUGUCGGCGUACUAGACACUUCUUCGCUGGAGGAUGUUGUAACGGCCGCAAUAAGGGCGUGCUCCUCCAAGCGCCAGCUCAGGGUCGUCCUACAACGUCUCGAGGUGUCUUCUCCAGCCAUCCAGACACUUUUAAACCCUGAUCCUGCUGCAAAGGCUAAGGCCAAGAUGACGAGUGUGUCUGUGGAGAAGGGACACGUUACGGUGAGGAAGCGGAAGCGAAGGGACAGUUUGUCUUCUCCAGAGAAGCUAUCGGAGAGCUCCGAAGACACAGAGAAUGUCAAGGCACAUCACCUUUCCCAGAAGACAAAUUGUGCAGGUUGGUCACCUGCUUCUCCUGGCCCCAGCGAGGAUAUAGUCCCCGAUUCUGAAGAUGAACACCCAAGUAACAAGCUGUGUUUUAAGCGCUAUUACCAGACCAAGCACAACACCCUGGUGCCAACGUUGGAGGAAUUCCUGUGAGCAGGUGUGAGCUGGAGGCUGCCCUGCUGUCUCCCACUGCAGGGCUGUGGCACUGACCACCGCUGCCCCAGGAAUUCAUUCUUCUGGAAGAACUUUGUGAAUCUUGUUACAAUUCUCAAGUAUUGCCUUGGAGGGAUUGUGGCUGAUGUGCAUUUUCAGUUGGUGCUUUCUGCUAAGUUAAGUUGAAUGUGGUCUGCCAUCAUCAUCUCCGACGACCUCUGGCAUGGGAAUUCUUUUUUCUUUUGGACGGACUUUAACCAUCUUCUUUUCAUUCAAGGACGUUCUCUUGGAGAGACUGGCCAGAGUGCAUCUUUAUUUUGGUGGUUACUGCUGAGUUAACUUCAAGUUAAGUUAAAGAGAAUGUCGCCUGCCAUAAUUUCUCCGGCAUUUACUGCUUCUGCCGUGGAAAUACUUACUUUUGGAAGGACAUUGACUGAACAGCUUCUUUUCAUUCACAAGCAUAAACUUUGAGAGAUUGUGGCUGAAGUGCAUUUUUGAUAGACAGUUUAGUUUACACCCAGGUUAGCAUCAAGCUAGUGUUACGUUUCAUCAUUUUUUGAAAAAUGACUUUCUGCAGUGGAAAUUUAUUUAGGAAAGACUUUGAUCAUAUAAUUUACAAAUAUUUUCCCCGGAUUGUGACUGGAGAGCAUUUUUGGCAGUUGAGUGUACUGCCAAAUUAACUUCAGAUUUAAGUCAAGAGUGUGGACAAUCUUUUUUUUUCUAUUUGAAGGAUUUUAUCCAAGCAAUGUAUAAGUAUUGAAUGGAUUGUGAGUGGAGUGUAUUUUUAAUUGGUGGAUUAGUUAACUGUCAAGUUAACUAGAAGUUAUACGAAGGACUGUGUUGCCUGCCAUCAUUUUCCUGAUUCCAUCAGAGCCACAGGGCUCUCUAUUGUACUAUUUAUAAUGAUUUAAUUUAAGCAGGUGGAAGUGACUGAGAUGUGGGUGUUCCUCGGCACUGUAAAUUGUACAUUUUUGUGGCUUAUAAUGCUUGCAUGAUUUUGUACAGCCUAUUUCAUCAUUGUUUUCACUUUGAAUGACUAAUUUUACGAGUUUGACUCUUUAUAUUUGAAUUGUAAUAUAUAAUCCAAUAAAGAAUUGUGUAUUCAUUACUUGCACAAUA